AUGGCUAUAUAUUAUAUAACAUGCAGAUAUAUCUAUAGUGGAGAAUUAAGAGUAUCGAGAUUAAUGGUAUACCAUGUUUUUAUUAUUUACAAAUAUUUACAGCUGAUAUAUAUAGUUGGUAAUAAUGAUGAUGUUAUAAUAUUCUAUAGUGGAGAAUUAAGAGUAGAGAUUAAUAAAAUACAUUGUUUCUGUUAUUUACAGAUAUUUAUAAUAUUUAUAGUUGGUAAUAAUGAUGAUGUUAUAAUAUUCUAUAGUGGAGAAUUAAGAGUAGAGAUUAAUAAAAUACAAUGUUUCUGUUAUUUACAGAUAUUUAUAGUUGGUAAUAAUGAUGAUGUUAUAAUAUUCUAUAGUGGAGAAUUAAGAGUAGAGAUUAAUAAAAUACAUUGUUUCUGUUAUUUACAGAUAUUUAUAGUUGGUAAUAAUGAUGAUGUUAUAAUAUUCUAUAGUGGAGAAUUAAGAGUAGAGAUUAAUAAAAUACAAUGUUUCUGUUAUUUACAGAUAUAUAUAGUUGGUAAUAAUGAUGAUGUUAUAAUAUUCUAUAGUGGAGAAUUAAGAGUAGAGAUUAAUAAAAUACCUUGGUCUAUGAAGAUAUAUGAUAACAAUACAGAUGAACUGAUUAUUACCGAAGAGGGUUUCAGAUCCCAAAAAUUGGGUUAUGGUAAAUGGGUAGGUGAUUAUAUAGAUAUAUACCAAGGAUACUUAUUUCGUAUUGGAGUAUUGGAAUAUCAGUACUAUGCUACUAAUGUAUCAUCAGUAACAUACGGACAGGAUGAUGUUACUGUUACAAUUGGUACUGAUGAUCCCAGAAAUACAAGCAUUAUAGCGAGAAUCUACACAGUUUUACCAAGACAACUCUCGUUUUCCUUUCAAGUUGAUCCACCAAUGGACAGCAAUCGACUGAAUUGGGGAUUUAAAAUAAAAGAUGAUAGUGAAGGUUUUUAUGGAUUUGGUGAAAGAUUUAAUUCUGUCAAUCAACGUGGAGAGAAGUUGGCAUGUUGGACCGAAGAUGGUAGCUUUGGAUGGGGAAAAUUUGAUCCUUAUAUCAGGUUUCCAGGUGGCAAAACAAGUACGUAUGUUCCGAUGCCUUUAUUCAUAUCGUCAAGACGCUAUGGGUUUCAAUUAGAUACUUUCUUUAGAUCAGAAUUUGACUCUAAAACGAAAAAAAAUGUUAUGCAUAUUGUAACAGAGUCGUCUAGUUUCAAUGCAACAUUAUUUGCUGGAAGAACUAUCAGGGAAACCGUUAAAAUAAUGACCGAUAAAAAUGGUAGAUCUUUAAUUCCACCUAAAUGGGCGUUUGGACCCUGGAAUCAACUUGAUACUGAAAUAUCUGGUGAAUCAGAAGUAGACAGAGCAAAAAAAAUGUUGUUUGUUGAAGAUAUACCUCUAUCUGUGGUCAUUGAUACAGUUCAUUUCUUUCCUGCUGGUCAAGAUAAAAGUAAAUUUCCUCUAGAAUUAGCUAACAACCAACAACUGUUGUAUAUGGGAUUACCUUCUACAGCGUAUUAUAAUCCUCUCGUAACAACGACAUUUAAUGGUACUUAUAAUUAUGGUGACAAGAUGAAAUAUUUUACUCUCAAUAAACAUGGCCAAUCGUAUCAAUAUGAUUAUAUAGCUGCUAAAUUGUUUCACGUCUCACAAGUAGAUUUUACAAAUUAUAAUGCUACUCAAUGGUAUAGUCAUUAUUUUCACUCAGCAUUAAAUGUUCAAUAUAAAGGCUGGAUGUAUGAUUAUGGAGAAUAUACUCCUUAUGAUUCUAUCAAUAGUCGUGGACAAACUGGGUUGAGAUCUCACAAUGAGUAUCCUUUGCUAUACCAGAAAGCAUGUUUUGACUUUCUGACCCAAAAUCAAACACAAGAGACAAACUAUGCACCCGAUUAUUUAUUUUAUGUCAGAUCUGGAUAUCUUGGUUCCCAGAAAUACACAUGGGCACAUUGGACCGGAGACCCAUCUUCCGAUUGGACAGACGCUAGUGGAUUACCAGCUCAGAUUGUAGCAAUGUUAUCAAUAGGAAUAUCAGGCAUGCCAUUCUCAGGAUCAGAUAUAGGUGGUUUUGAAUGGUAUACCGGUCCAUCUGCUGAUGAAGAACUCUGGGUCAGAUGGUCUCAGUUAGGCUGUUUUAGUGGCUAUAUGCAUGAACAAGGUGGUGGAAAGGGAAUCUCCAGAAAAACGCAUAUAUUUGGUACAAAAAAUGGUACCAAAAUAUGGAGAAAGUUUGCUAAAUUGAGAACCCAGCUUUUCCCUUACAUCUAUACACAAGCUCAUAUUGGGCACUAUGAAGGAUUACCCAUAAUGAGACAUCAUCUUUUAGAUUUUGAUGACGAAGAAGCUUUAAAGUAUCAACACCAGUUUAUGUUUGGAGAAGAUUUAUUAGUAGCACCUAUCUAUAAACCUGGUGUGACAACAUGGAAUGUUUAUUUACCCAAAGGACGAGACUGGAUUGACAUUAGUUCCAAACUAACGUAUGAUGAAGAUGAAGGAAGAUUUCGAAUAUCACAGAAUACUAUUAUUCCCGGAGGAAGAUUGUUGAACGUGGCAGCACCAUUAGAUACGACACCAUUAUUCAUACAAGCAGGCUCCAUCUUACCAUUGUUAGACCCUUCUGUGCAAACAUUACAUACAUCUAAUCAUCCAAAUGUAACGAGUAUGGAGAAAUCUACGGUGUUACAUUUAUGGGUGUGGCCAGAUAUAAACAAUGAAGCCUAUGGUAAUGAUUGGCAGAAUAAUUCUUACAAAAUUCAAAAUGCUUCAUCUUUUAAUGAUAUCAAACAUGUUAACAUAUCAAACAGGUAUGUGUACUUACACUUAAUGAACGAGCUAUUAAUGGUAACCUUAACUUUAGGAAUGAAAAGAUUAGAAUUAGAAAGCAUGGUGAUAUCAAACAAUUACAAUGAAAUAGUUUACCAGAUUGUCAUCAAUCCACCAGAUACACUGGUUAUGGUGCAGUACAAAAAUGGUACAGCUCUUGAGGCUGUCUCUUCAUGGCAAGAUAUUGCAAAGUCAAAAUCUGUAAAUACAUACUUCUUUGAAAAGUCUAAAAGUAUACUUUGGUUAGCAAUUCCCAAUGGGGCUUUCUCUUUGUAUAUCUAUUUGUAA